ACCAACGGCGGCCGGGCUUAACGGCCGCACCGACCACGGCGAUUUUGGGUUUGAUGAUCUUCGCCCGAGAAGCGUGCAUUAUGACGGAUGUGAGAGGACAUAAGAGUAAGUAUGGUAUGUGGUUGAAGGGAGGCUUGAAACUACAGCUCAUCAGCAUUGAAUAAUUUACAUCAUCAGCAUUUCCUUAUGGCGCCCACAAAAUACAUUGAUCGUCCUGUGCCGACAAUUUCGCUUCGUGAUUUCGACUCACGGGUGAAUGAGAUCACCAAGGAGCUCAUUGAUGCCGCUGAAAACCAUGGCUUCUUUUGCAUUGUAGAUCAUGGAAUCAGCCGUGACUCUAUUGAUCGCAUCUUUGAUCAGUCAUCACGCUUCUUCAAUCAGUCGGACGACGUAAAGUCAAGGGUACCCUUCUCUCCUCAGCACAACGCUGGAUGGGAAAAGAACGCGCAGAUAAGGCCUUCGACAGGGGCCGUUGAUCGCAAAGAGUCGUACCAGAUGCAAUUUGGAGAGGCCAUGAAUGGGCGCUGGCUGGAUGAGGAGACAUUACCAGGCUUUCAGACACAAGCGUUGGAGUUCAUGCAUCAAGCACAAGUGGUCAGCGAAAAGCUCAUGAAGUGUUUUGCUAGAGGUCUGAAGUUCGAAGACGACUACUUUGUCAAAGCCCACGAUGUCAGGAGACCAGAGUGUCAGACCGUUUGUCGGCUCCUACACUAUUUUGAAACACCCAAAGUGCAAGACUCAACUGGGCAGGUAUAUCAUAGGGCCGGUGCGCAUGCUGACUGGGACUUUUUGACUUUGUUGUUUCAAAAAGCUGGUCAGUCGGGCCUUGAGAUUUGCCCAGGAAGGGAAGUUUCGACUUCGUUUGGGUAUGGCGACGCAUGGACAAAGGUCGAGCCUGAUGUUGAGAAGAAUGCAAUUGUAUGCAAUGUCGGCGACUUGCUCAUGUCAUGGUCUGAUGACCGCUUCAAAUCGACCUUUCAUCGCGUCAAGGCACCAUGUGAGCCAGACGACUACUAUGGCGAGCGAUACAGCAUUGCUUUCUUCAACCAGCCAUGCAAAGACGCCAAGAUCCAAGGUCCAUUGAAGAGAUAUCCAAUGGUUACGGGCGAGGAGUUUACCAGGAAUGCUAUGAGUAGGAACUAUCAAGCCAUACAAGAGAAGCUGAAGAAGGAGAGAGAGUCUAUACCCAAGGUUACAGAAAUAAAGGCAGCAACAACACGUGUAGGCAGUACGGCAUGAGGUACCAUAGUGCAGAAUGCAGCAUUGACAGUUGUCAUGCAGUCAUUUUGCGGAGUUACUUCUGGUUGCACUAGUCGCCUUCACCCCUGCCUUGCUCCGUGUGUCCCCUCUCCUUACACGGUCUUGCUUUGCUGUAUUCAAAGUAUCUGCAUCACCUGAAUGGUAAACCAUCUGAAAACUAUUACGCUUGUUG